AUGGCAGAGCAAACAUCAAUCCAAACUGCCCCAGCAGCGCCACCUAGAAAGCGCAUCCUGCUGAAUGGCUUCGACAUGUUCACAGUCGGCCAUCUCUCCUUCGGACAAUGGAAGCACCCUGCCGAUCGCGCAGCAACAAAACGGCGCGAUUUGAGCUACUGGACUGAUCUAGCCAGAAUAUUGGAAAAGGGCGACUUCAACGCCCUCUUCCUGGCGGACUCGUUCGGGCUGUAUGAUACGUACCAGGGAAAACCCGACACGGCGAUUCGGAAUGCGACGCAGUUUCCCAUGGGGGAUCCGAGUAUCCCGAUCACGGCGAUGGCCUCUGUGACCAAGAACUUAGGGUUCGCGAUCACGACCUCAACAUCGUAUGAGGCGCCGUAUGUGGUCGCAAAGCGGUUCUCAACCCUAGAUCAUUUGACUGGGGGUCGGUUUGGCUGGAAUAUUGUUACGUCCUGGAAGGCGUCUGCGUCCAAGGCUGUCGGUCUCCCUCUCGUCGAGCACGACAAGCGAUACGAGAUCGCCGAUGAGUACUUGCGUGUUUUAUACAAACUCUGGGAAGGAAGCUGGUCCGACGCCGCGGUGCAGGAAGACGCCCAAACAGGCGUCUAUACCGACCCCAGCAGCCUCAAAUUCGUGCACCACCAUGGAGAGAACUUCCACGUUGACGGCCCACACAUCCUCGACCCAUCACCGCAGCGCACGCCCUUCCUCUUCCAGGCCGGCACCUCGCCAGCAGGGAUCGCAUUCGGAUCGAAGCACGCAGAGGGGGUAUUCGUUUCGGCGCCGUCUCCGCAUAUCCUUGCGCCGAGGAUUAAGGUUAUCCGAGAGGAAGCGAGUAAGGCAGGACGGGAUCCAACGUCGAUUAAGGUGUUUGGGAUCUUCACGCCGAUCCUGGGCCGCACCCAGGAAGAGGCGGAGGAGAAGUAUCGGGAGGCGUUGAGCCUUGCGAGUCCUGAGGCUGGGUUGGCGUUUUAUUCGUCCAAUAUUGGCAUCGAUCUGAGUAAAUUCGACCUCGACGAGGAGAUCAAGACGUCUGACGUACAUGUCGACGCACGGGUCCACUCGUCCAUCAACACGCUAUCAUACCACGGUGCGGACGUCCCCAAAUGGACACCGCGGAAUAUCGGCAAGUUGAUUUCCAUCGGUGGUAAUGGGCCUCUCGCUGUUGGGACGGCGGAGAGGGUCGCUGAUAUCAUGGAGGAGUGGAUCCGCGUUGCGGAUUUGGACGGGUUCAAUAUCGGGUAUGUGUGGACGCCUGGGACUUUUGAAGAUGUCGUUGAACUCUUGGUUCCGGAGCUGAGGAGACGAGGUAUCUAUGCUCCCAAGGGCGAGAGUGGAACGAUGAGGGAGAGGGUUUAUGGUGCUGGGCAGAGGAGGGUUAGGGAUGAUCAUCCGGCGGCGCAGUAUCGGUAUGAGGUCUAUGAUGGAAAUUAG